AAACGAUAUACCAAACUAGCUAGAACGGCAUCACUGGUUUUGAUUCACCUUAAAAGCUGCGGGUAGCUCUCCGAAAAUUAUUUCUUACCUUGCAUUUAACAAACAAACAAACCUCCUGACCACUGGUGAUGUCACAGCUGCGCUCGAAAGUCAUUAGCCUCUACAAGCACUUGCAGUAUUUGGGCCGCGAAUAUCCCGGCCUGAACGGGCCCCAGAAGUUCCGCAAGCAGAUCCACGAUGCCUUCAUGAAUCACAAGGACGAGCAGGACCCGAAGAAGAUCGUGGCCCUGCUGGCCCAGGGACGCUACCUGGCCAAGGAGGUGGAGGCCCUCUACUCUCUGAAGAAGUAUCGCACUGUGAAGCAGCGCUACAGCUACAAUGACUAAGAGCCGGAGGAGUGGCGGCGAUGCGGAAAUCGCUUGCAAAUUCAAGGACUGAUGGCGAGGAGGUGGAGGCAAGCAGGUGGAGCGAAAGGAAUGUGGGAAUAUGAUAUGAGUAUGAGGUCGCCUUGCUUGUCGCGUACGAACGUACAUAUAUGCAUAUUCUUUGGCCAAAGCUAACUCGACCCAAACACACGCAAAAAUACAUAAGCAGUAAUAUUUUCGAAUGUCUUGUCAAUGUCUAACUUAAAGUUGUUAUUGAUGCAAAACAAAAAGCUAAAAAAAAAACGAAAAACGGACGUAGCAAAUAAACGAAGCAGUCAUUGAAUACCCAAAAAAAA